AUGGGGUUAAGUCAAGUUCUGUUUCAGCUGCACGAUGAUGCUGGCUUCCUGACGUCAUGCUGUGCUCUUGAUAACCUAUGGAACGACCAGAAUCUGGAGGCAGAUCUUGACCUUCCACCAGGAUGGAGGAAAAUCCGCGAUUCCUCAGGGACCUACUACUGGCAUGUGCCCACAGGCACCACCCAGUGGCAACACCCAUCAUGCGCCACUGGUUUAGGAUCCAGUGGGGAGGCUACGUCAUUAGAAACGGAACUCCAGGCUGCUAAAGUAAACCGUGUGCCAGUGGAGAGACCCAUCCCAAGUCCGAUGGCGUCACUUCCCAGAAGAAGGACGUCACUGCCAUGGCCUGGGGAGGAGCGCCAUCAAGUCAGCGCAGAGCCAGGAUCCAAGUGCUUCGUUGUGCGCUCCUUAGGCUGGGUGGAGAUUCCAGAGGAGGACCUGGCCCCUGGCAAAAGCAGCAUUGCGGUGAACAACUGCAUCCAGCAACUCUCUCAGAGCAAGUGUGAGAGCUGGAACCCUGCGGACAGAUGGGGUGAGGGCCAGAACAUGGUGAUGAUCCUGAAGAAGGACACCAUGAGCUUGGUAGACCCAUUGGACCACAGCCUCCUCCACAGCCAGCCCAUCAUCAACAUCCGCGUCUGGGGGGUAGGCUGCAACAACGGCAGGGACAGGGAUUUUGCUUUCGUGGCCAGUGACAAGGAUACGUGUAUGCUGAAGUGCCACGUCUUCCACUGCAACGUGCCUGCCAAGGCCAUUGCCAAGGCGCUGCAUGAAAUGUGCUCCAAGAUUAUGGCUGAGCGGGCAGUAGCAAGUAACAGCCUCACUCGAUCUGUCACUCUGGAACCCAUAACACCAGAUGACUUACCUCUGCAAGUUGACAUCCUGGAUGCCGUGAGAGAGUCUGUCCAGAAAUACAAAGCUUUGUAUAUCGGCAGCUUACCAGUGUCCAAAGCUAUGGGGAUGGAUGUGCUGAACAAUGCCAUUGAAGACUUGAUGGGCAGCCGUGGCCGUGAACAGUGGAUUCCAUCUGUCGUCAGUGUUUCAGAUUCGGUGAUGCAGGCAGAGCAGACUGAGGUUGAGGAUGAAGAUGAUGCCUGCCUUUGGGAAUGCCAGGUUCGCUAUGUGACUUUCAUCGGGAUUGGGAAAGACGCCCACACCUUCGCACUCAUCACGGACAUGGGACGGCAGCGUUUCCAGUGCACGGCCUUUUGGUGUGAGCCAGAUGCAGGCACGAUCUCAGAAGCGGUCCAGGCGGCGUGCACGGUCCAGUAUCAGAAAUGCUUAGUCGCCUCCACGUCGCGGAUGAGACCGAAAAGUGGUUCCCGUUCCAUCCUGAAGAUGAAAAGAACAGUGUCAGUAGACUCACCAGGGUGCCCAUUUCCUGCCGUGGGGCACCCCCUACAGAAAAACGGCAACGCCACCACUACCCACAAGAGGGGGGUCUUCUCUUUCUUUGAAGCAUUCCGCCAGAAGCCGUUCAUGCUGCACACCCCUUAAGAUGAAAGACGUGGCGUGGAGGAGACAGCAGGCCCCCCGAUGGCAAAGAACAGCAGCCUUCUUGCUGAUGCCCAGGCUCUGAAUGUAAUUAGCAUAAUCCUCUCUAUUGGUUCUUUCACUAAAGCUAAAAGACCCGGCUGAUCCAAGCAGCCAGACCAUAUCCCCUGAGAGAGGGUCCUGGUUAAUUCAGGAUUUCCUGUGCAUCGUUUCCGAGUCCUUUGCUAUCUAGAGGCUAUCGGGAGGUGUCAAGGUUGCUUUGGGGAGUAGUAACGAUGCAGCAUGUGAAGGUUGUGAGAAUGUUCUCUCUUGGCCUGUGGAGUACCCAACGCAUCACACACAGGCUUUAGAGUUUGCUCCUGCUGCCCAAGGGGGUUCUGUGGGGCAGGGCACAGCAGGCAUGCCAGCUUCUUGAUUUUAUGCAGUAAAAGCUGUGGGCACCUCCCCUCUUUCCUUUCCCGGUUGUAGCAUGAAUGCCUGAUAUAUGAAACCUGAAUGCGGCCCCCAGUAGAAGGAGGCGACUCCAAGCAGUUCAUGGAGCAGACGUCAUAGAGAGUUUGAGGCAGCCGAGAUAUGCUUGCAGGCCUCCUGGUUUGUCAGACACGGAUACAGGGCAGCAUUCCCUCUGACAAGCGGCAAACAAUCUACUCUCGAUGAAUGCACGCACUGAAACAGACACCGCCCCGUCUAUUUCACCACAUUACUGGUCCCUCCCAGCGUAGCUGAGAACAGCAGAGGUCUGCGGCCCUGCUUCUCUGGCAGAAUCUGUGCCAAUCUUUUCCACUUUGGGACGUCUGUCACUAACAAACAGUGCUGCAGUGACCACCUCCCUGCUACCGAGAAACACAGACCUUCGGUAGCCAUGACAGAGCCCGGACUAGGGUAGGAGGUGGCCUGUCGGACUGUUCUGCUGUGCAUGCGGGGAUGACGCUCCGCCCGAGGUGCUGACAGUACUGUUGGGGCCGGUGGUGUGGGAGAAGGAGAUGGGCAUGACUUAUGGCUAUGGCUUUAUGGGCAGCUGCCGGCCAGGUCAGAGGUGAGCCUGAGCCGCUGUGAGAACUGCUGGGGCUCAGCUUGCUUCCAGCAUGCCUGGCUAAGUAUGACUUCGAAACCUUCCAGCAUUCCCUUUGCUUGCUGGUGCCUCAUCAUCUUCACAGGUAGACAGUGCAUUUUUUUUUUUGGGGGGUGCUCAGGCCAAAAAGGUUGCCAUCCCCGGGCGUAGAGUUACCAAAUGGUGCACGCAGACAGUGCUAAGUGCUCACUAGCAAAACGUCCGUAAGGAAGCAGUAUGUGCGUAUGGCGCCAGCACACAUGACUGUCCUUAUAACACCAGCAUGCUAGCCUGGUGCUCGGAUAGGGAACAAACCCAUUCAAUAAGAUUACUACUGUAUGGUCCCACGGCGGUGAUCAGUUCCAACAAACAAGUGCGCAAGAGUGACUUAUACGUGAGAGUAGUGAAUAGAAAAACGCAGAGCUUUCAGCAGAUGUUUAAGAAAACACGUAUAAAGAUGAGAGCCCGUUUUGCCGACUUCUGUGAAAACGAUACUCCUUGGCAUUAUUUUA